AUUAUGAGCUGGAGUCCAUUAAAGCAUUGUUCAAUGAAAAAGAGAAAGAGUUGGCGAUGGCUGUGGCCAAGGUGGAGGAAAUGACCCGGCAACUGGAGGAGAUUCGUAGCGGCAGGGUCAAGGCCAGUACCAACACUCAGAGUCCUGCGGCCCUUGCUGAACUGGAAAAACUGAAAAAAGAACUGAUGAUACGUAACAAGUUGAAUGAAAAUCAGAGUAAUAAGAUGGCCUCGAAUCGUGAACUGCUGGCAAAAAGAAAAGAUGAAUUGGCUCGGAUGGACAAUAGAAUUCAUGAGUUACAGAUGAGAUUGAAGAAGAAACGGUCUACAAAUGCUGAAAUGGCCGAACAGAAUAAAAACCACAUGAAUAAGACAAAUCUUAACAAUAAAGUUAUUAAUAGACCUCCCCCAAACAUUGCAGCUAUCGAACCUUUUGUGCAAGAGCCGCCUAACAAUACAGGGGGAUUUGGGAAAAAGGAUCCCAAAUACCAGUCCCUGCCUCCAAGUUCAAAGUUCAUGUACCCGGAGAAAGGGAACCGACAAAGGGAAACAAACAAUAAUAAUGUAAAUUAUAAUUCUAAUAAUUCUAAGCAGUACGAUCCUGAUAAAUCUGAGGAAUAUACUAUACCAUUGGUCGUUUCUGUAGACAGCAACAACAAACCUAUGCAAAAUGGCCUUCCUUCUCCGAAACAAAGUCCAGUGGGUGAGCCUCAGCCUAAUCAAGGAUACCAAGCUUACCCAACCCCUAGCUCUUUACAAAUCCCUCAAUCAAUACCCAGUAGCCUGGCACCUCAAAAUAUUCGUUUUGGAAGUGGUAUUCCAGCUAGGUCAGGGGUAUCACACUUUACACCUAAACCUUAUGGAAGCACUUAUAGUUCAUCAAUUUUACCAAACAGAGGGAUAAGUACGGUACCCAAUGAACAAAACAACUAUGAUCUCCAAGAUGAGAUUAGGCAGUCUGGUAGUGGUCAAAGUUCACCAGGUUCAGUUGAGAGCGCAAAUAGUGCAAAUUCAAAACUGUUACCACCAUAUCAUCAACGUGAAGGGCCUCUUCCUCCAAGUAAGCCACAGGUAGUACCAACUAACUCCAAAGGACAUCCACAAGAUGUCCAGCUUGCUAAUAAAGGUCCUCAGAAGGAGAAUUUAUCACAAAAUAAAACACCACCACCUCCAGUUCCAAAUAGAUCCGGAAACCGACCAGAAAAUACGCAAGCUAAUACAGGUCAAGUUCCAAGUGUUUCAAGAUCACAGCAUAGUUCAAGUGCCUCACCUGAAAAUUUAAGUGACUCAGAACAAACGAAUAUGUCUGUUUCUAAGGGUAUACAAAAAUUUACGGGACUUAUAGCUCAGACUUCACAAGAUGGGUCUAAAACCCAAGGUGCUAAUAUCAACUCAGGGGGAUUUUCCAAUCUCAACCAUGCCUCAGCACUUGGCGCAGUUACAGGGAGAUCUGUGCCAACAUACAGAUAUGCAUCUAAAAGUGUGAUAGCAAACACAUAUCUCGGCAGGUUAGACAAUGAAGCCUUACAAAAAUAUCAGAAAAAUGUGCUGAGUUUACAUAGAGAUUUAAGUGCAAGUAGUAGUGUGGAUGAAGUUAGUCCAACUCAGAAAACUGUAUCAAAUAAUUUAAAUGAUAAAUUAAAAGACGAAGAGAAAGAUUCUCUAUCACCGUUAUCGAGUGUUAGCUCGCCAGCAGGAUCGACUCCGUCACCUGCUAGUCCGUCACGACCUCCUAACUAUCCUUUCGAUUUUCCCGCAACUCCACCUCAUGCAGACGUUGCAUCAGAUAAAGUUAGCUAUAAGCCAAACACCCCUAAAAACAUUCGUAGAAGACAUUCUGAUAGUGACAAUGAGGAGGUUGGUAAAGCAUUACAUAAAUACGGAAUUAAUACAAAUGCAAAUAAAAAUCCACCUGCACAAGAAAACCAACUUAUAUUGUUGGAGAACAAACAAGGACCUGUUGAAAUUCAGGCAACGACUUUUAGUGAUCAUAUUCCUGAAACAGUGCUCUUAGACAAUAAAGGAAAUAUUGUAGAAGUUAUUGAUAAUGUUAAAGAUACAAAUAAAACUAAAACAGAAGAUAGUGCUAAUAAUGUUAAAUCUUCACCAGUGACAAUAGAAGUUAAAUCAAAUGAACCAAAGGUGAAGAAAAAGACAAAUUUGAAAAAUAGUAAUUCUAAGAAGAAUGCAAAUCGUGUAAGUUUCGACCCAUUAGCCUUGCUGCUAGAUGCAUCACUAGAAGGAGAAUUAGACCUUGUCCGGAGAUGUGCUGUGCAGGUUGACAAUGUGAGUGCUUCAAACGAUGAGGGUAUCACAGCUCUACACAAUGCCAUCUGUGCAGGACAUUAUGAAAUUGUGACAUUCCUAGUAGAGUUUGGAUGUGACGUCAAUUCACCAGAUAGUGAUGGAUGGACACCACUUCAUUGUGCUGCCUCGUGUAACAAUCUGCCGAUGGUAAAGUUCCUGGUGGAACAUGGUGCAUGUAUAUUUGCGACAACGAUCAGCGACCAUGAGACUGCCGCUGAGAAAUGCGAGGAAGACGAGGACGGCUAUGACGGUUGUUCUGAAUAUUUAUACAGCAUUCAAGAAAAACUUGGCAUUAUGAACAACGGUGCUGUGUACGCAGUGUUUGACUACGCAAAAGAGAAUACGGAUGAACUUGACCUGAAUAUUGGAGAAAAAUUUACAAUUUUGAAGAAAGGGGAUGAGUGUGAAAAGGAAUGGUGGUGGGCGAGAAACGAUGAGAAGCAAACUCAAGGAUACAUACCGAGAAACCUCUUAGGGCUUACAGCCAGAGUUAUUCCAAGAGUCCAGCCAAAUGGUGAUGUGUAAUUGAAUGCUGUACUGGAAUACAUAUCAAAUUCCUUGUGAUAGAAAGAGAUAAAUCUAAUUUACAGACAAUAGAAGAAAACAAAUUUAUCUAGAACUUUAUUCUUCUAAUGCAUUGGUUUCUUUCGAGGGAAUGAGAUUUUUAUUUGAUAUAUAUUAUUUUUUACUCUCUGUGCUGUCAAAUUUUAAAAUUGACUUUACAGUAACAAAUUUUUUUCUUCUUUUACAUGUAUAUUUCAAAUGGAAUAAAUCAUAUUUAACUUUUUUUGUCUUGCAUGUUUUUAUAGAUAUUUCAUGUAUUUUACUAAUUUUACAUCAAUUAAUAAAUAGUCGCGUCAUGACAAAACUAACAUAGUGUAUUUGCGACCAGCAUGGAUCCAGACCAGCCUGCGCAUCUGUGCAGUCUGAUCAGGAUCCAUGCUGUUCGCUUACAAACCCUAUAAAAAGUAGAGAAACUGGAUCCAUGCUGGUCACAAACGCAUAAUGUUGGUUUUGUCGUGACGCGGCUCAAAUGUAGUAUAAUGAAGGGUGUACACUUUUUCAAAUUAAAAACAAGUUUACAUAUAAACUAUAAAGUAAUGUUAAACUGAAUUGAAUUUCAAGUACCAGAAAGUUGAAGUCUCUUUAAAAUUUAAACGAAGAACUAUUUUCAGGGGAAAAAAAAGAAAACACUGAAAAUAAAAUGUUUGUAUAUACUUUUACAUAUAUUCAUGUAUUAGGAA